AUGAGCUGUAGUUGGUGUUCACAAAGCUACCUGGCUGUUAUAUUUAAUGUCUUACAUAUUGCAUGGACAGUGCCCCCGGAGUAUUGCCUGGCACCCUUUAACCAUAGCGACUGUAAAUUGCCACCGCAGCAUGUGUUCGCCUACUACAAGCCAGGUUCAAGAUGUGAACUCGAAGUGUGGAGGGGUUGUCCAACUCUCAAUAAAUUUGAAAAUGAGUACUUGUGCAGCAUGAACUGUAUUUUUAGAAGUCGAAUGCCAGGAUCAGAAUUUGAUGAAUGCACAAUAACACUCGAAACAAAACAAUGUACCAACGUGACGCAGACAGUAUACACACACGUCGAUGGCCAUUGUAUCAAAGCGGAAUGGAGAGGCUGUCAAACAUUUAAUAAAUUUGACUCCAAAGCAGAAUGUGACGAGAAAUGUACCGCAGUAAAUUCCGGAAGUUCUGAAGAAAGUAGUAUAUUGCAGGACAUUAAUGAAUUAUUGAAAUAUUUAAUUGAUAAUGCAACGGAAGACACAACCACUGCCUGGGCUCCCACUACAGAAGCUAAUACUACAGUAGUUACCACUACAGAAGCUACCACAACAGAAGAGACCACCACAGAAGAGACCACUACAGAAGAUUAUACGUUUCCCGAAUACGAUUUACGAAAGGAACCGUGACCAAAAAUGUAUAGUUUGCAUUUAAAAUGUUACAUCAAAAUAUUCCAAUAAUUAGCGUUACACUAAAUUUGAGCAUACACAUCUGAAGAGUUAUGAAUAAAAAGGCCAUAUUUUACAUGGGAACAAAGAAACCGAGCCACUAGUGUGUUUUAUCUCUUUCAUUUCUUGAGAAAUGUUCUGAUGUAAUAAGU